AUGGUACAAUCAUCGGUUCAAUUUGGGGUAUCACCAACGGAAGACCCAAACUUACAUUUGGCUAAUUUCCUAGAGCUUUGCGCCACAUUCAAGAUGAACGGAGUGACAAACAAUGCAGUAAGGUUGAGACUAUUCCCGUUUUCAUUGAGGGACCAAGCAAAGAGUUGGCUUAUUUCUCUGGAAGCCAAUUCUAUCACAACAUGGGAGGAGCUAACUCAAAAAAAUUUAGCAAAAUUUUUCCCACCAUCGCUGUCUGCAAGGUAUAAAGGUGAAAUCAACAAUUUUCACCAAAACGAUGGUGAAUCACUGUAUGAUGCGUGGGAAAGGUUUAAGGAGCUUUUGAGAAAAUGUCCCCAUCAUGGAAUAAAAAAAUGGAUGUUAGUCCAUAUUUUUUACAAUGGUUUGUGUGGUACUACUCGCACAAUCAUAGAUGCAGCGUCUGGAGGAGCGUUCAUGAGUAAGAGCGCUAAUGAAGCUUAUGAUCUGUUGGAAGAAAUGGCUAUGAAUAACUAUCAAUGGCCAUCAGAAAGAGAAACCACUAAGAAGGUGGCUGGAGUGCAUGAAUUGGAUGCCAUCUCAAUGUUGUCUGCUCAAGUGGCAACAUUAACCAAACAGUUACAGCAGAACAACAUUCAAGCUCAAGCUCCAGUUAUGCAGAUGCAGAUUAUAUGUGAGUUAUGUGGGGGGCCUCAUUUAUUUGAACAAUGUACAAAUAAGGAUUUUAACAAUAUUCCUAUGGAGCAAGUGCAAGCAAUAGGGAACUUCCCAAGGCCCUCCAACAACCCAUAUUCCAUGAGUUACAAUCCAGGGUGGCGGAAUCACCCAAAUUUUUCUUGGACAAGUGGGCAGGGCAGUCAGCAACAAUUUCAACAGAAUCAACCACAGUAUACUCGACCUCCUCCUGGGUUUUAUCAGCAGCAACCAGUAAAACCUGCACAGCAACAGAUGCAAGCAAAGCAAGACGGUCAGGCUGAUGUGUUAACUUAA